AUGGAGGCNCCCCUCUUCAAAUGUCUGAAAGCGAUAACUUAUUCGGUUGCACCUUACAUGUAUGGCCUGAUGAUGAUGGCUCAAACCAUCAGUGUAUUCAUGACCGUCGGAGUUUCGGUGCAUCGUUAUAUCGGCGUAUGCCAUCCGUACAAGUCAGUUGAAUGGCUUCCAAAGAAACGUGUCACCAAAUUCAUCAUCAGUCUCGUCGUGUUCAGUAUCCUGUUCAAUACUACACGCUUUUUUGAGGUCCACGUUUCUAAUGUAUGCUAUCGCCUGAACAUUAACUACUAUAUGCCGUCAUUGCAACCGACAGCACUUCGUCUCUCAGACUUGUACAGGAAUAUCUUUUUCGGAUGGGCAUAUACAAUAGUGAUGUAUGUGGUGCCAUUCAGUCUGUUAAUCGUUGUCAAUUCGCUGGUUCUUUCGGCGGUAAGACGCAGUCGUCGAAUGCAUAUGGUCAGUCAGUGCGGAGCGGAGAAUGAUGAAUUUUCGAAGAAAGCCGAACGAAAAGAGCGGCAGACAUCGAUCAUGCUCAUCGCUAUCGUAUUCCUCUUUAUUUCAUGUAAUACGCUAGCUUUCGUGUGUAAUAUCAUGGAAAAUUUAGACGAGGUAGGACCAGUUUAUCAAAGCAUGGUGACCUUCAACAAUCUACUAGUUAUGGUGAAUGCCUCGUGCAACAUAUGCGUGUACAUGCUGUUCUCUGAGAAAUACCGUAUGCUGUUGCGUCAUUACAUCUUUUGUGAUUGGUCCCGGCAAGGAGAAAUGCUUAUCAGCUCGGUGGCUGGGUGA